CAGAAGCUCUACUUGUUUGACAUAAAAUGUCAUCAUGAUCCUUAGCGAUCUCAGCUCUGUAGGUUUUGUAGUGACCAACUCCAUUCAAAUAGAUAUUUAAUCCAAGGCGACCUCACAAAGCACGGAGGACUACAUAUAUAGAACGAAAACCGCUUGAAAACUUAAAAUGUUUCUUUCGAAAAGCGAGAUUUUAUUCAAAACAAAAUUGACAGUCCUGAUGUUUUUGUCAUUGCAACUUAAUGGCACGACCAAAGGAAACCCAGCGGACGUCCGCAACUGGACAACCUGUGAACCACGUGACUCUUCAGGCUGCCAAUGUACAAGCGACAAUACGACUGACGUAAUUGCAAGAUGCCAGUUUGAUAACGUGACUGAUCUAAAGUUGAUCAUUGGUGCUCCUCAAAAUGUAGUUCGACUAAAUCUCUUUGGCAACAACAUCCAAUACAUUCCUCGUUUCUCCUUUCUUAACUUCACACAGAUGAUUUACUUAAAUCGUUGUCCUCUAACAACAUACACACGAUCAGUCAGGAAGCGUUCAGUGGACUAACGAGACUACGAGAGCUGUAAGCCAGUUUGUACAAGAGGGAAUCUCCAAGACAACAUGAUCAAACAGUGGGACACAACGUUGAUUGAACAAGAUCUACCAAAUCUCAUCUUGUUGAAUACUGCACAAAAU